CUCCCGGAAAUCAUCCCCACGAGCGGAAGUGGAGAAUGCCCACCUCGAGUGAGGAGAGGGAGUGAAGCGCAGCCUCUCUAGACUCUGGGGCCUGAGGUGGGCGUGAGCGAAGAUUUUAAUUUAAUUUGAAAAUGAGUAAGUGCAGAAAGCUGCCACUGGGUUCAAGUCCUGAGACAUUCAGUCCAGAUGUUCUUGCUGAUAUAUUUGAACUCUUUGCCAAGAACUUUUCUUAUGGUAAGCCACUUAAUAAUGAGUGGCAGUUACCAGAUUCCAGUGAGAUUUUCACCUGUGACCACACGGAAUUCAAUGUGUUUCUUGAUUUGAAGAACUCCCUGAAUGAAGUAAAAAACCUACUGAGUGAUAAGAAAUUGGAUGAGUGGCAUGAGCACACGGCUUUCACUAAUAAAGCUGGGAAAAUAAUUUCUCAUGUGAGAAAAUCUGUGAACGCUGAACUUUGUACUCAAGCAUGGUGUAAGUUUCAUGAAAUUUUAUGUAGCUUUCCACUUAUUCCACAGGAAGCUUUUCAGAAUGGAAAACUGAAUUCUCUACACCUUUGUGAAGCUCCUGGAGCUUUUAUCGCUAGUCUCAAUCACUACUUAAAGUCCCAUCGAUUCCCCUGUGAUUGGAGUUGGGUGGCUAAUACUUUGAAUCCAUACCAUGAAGCAAAUGACAAUCUUACGAUGAUUAUGGAUGACCGACUUAUUGCAAAUACCUUGCAUUGCUGGUACUUUGGUCCAGAUAACACCGGCGAUAUCAUGACCUUGAAAUAUCUGACUGGACUUCAGAAUUUCAUAAGCAGCGUGGCUACUGUUCACUUGAUCACUGCAGAUGGAAGUUUUGAUUGCCAAGGAAACCCAGGUGAACAAGAAGCUUUAGUCUCUUCUUUGCAUUACUGUGAAGCUGUCACUGCUCUGAUGACUCUUGGAAGUGGUGGCUCUUUUGUUCUGAAGAUGUUUACUUUGUUUGAACAUUGUUCCAUAAACCUGAUGUACCUGCUGAACUGUUCUUUUGACAAAGUCCAUGUUUUCAAACCUGCUACCAGCAAGGCAGGAAACUCAGAAGUCUAUGUGGUAUGUCUCUGUUAUAAGGGAAGAGAGGCAAUCUAUCCUCUUUUAUCUAAGAUGGUGCUGAAUUUUGGGCCUGAAAUGACCAGGAAAGCUCUCUUUCCCCAUCACAUGAUUCCCGAAUCUUUUCUUAAAAGACAUGAAGAAUGUUGUGUGUUCUUUCAUAAAUACCAGCUAGAGACUAUUUCUGAGAACAUUCGUCUGUUUGAGUGCAUGGGAAAAGGGGAACAAGCAAAGCUGAAUAGUUUAAGGGACUACGCUGUUCAGUAUUUCAUGAAAAAGUUUCAAUUGAAGCCUCUUUCCAGAAAUAAUUGGCUAGUGAAAAAAUCUAAUAUUGGUUGUAGUACAAAUACAAAAUGGUUUGGGCAGAGGAACAGAUAUUUUAAAACCUACAAUGAAAGGAAAAUGCUGGAAACCCUUUCAUGGAAAGAUAAGGUGGCCAAAGGGUACUUUAAUAGUUGGGCUGAAGAACAUGCUGCAUAUCAUCCUGGGCAAAGUGCUCGUUUAGAAGGGACAGCUUCCAGUCUUGAGUGUCACUUAUGGCAGAUUUUACAGGGAAAGAAACUGCCAAGGGUAAACUGUUCUCCUUUUUGUGAUUGUGAAAUUUUAAAGGCUCUUAAUGAAGCAAUUGAAAAGUCAUUGGGAGGUGCCUUGAAUUUGGAUUCCAAGUUUAGGCCAAAACAGCAGUAUUGUUGUUCUUGUCACGUUUUUUCUGAAGAAUUGGUAUUUUCUGAGUUGUUUAGCCUUACAAAAUGCCUUCAGGAUGAGCAGGAUGUAGAACCCAGCAACCAAGUAAAGUGCCUGCUUGUGGGUUUUCCAGCUCUCCAACAUGUCAAAAUACAUAUACCAUUGAAAGUUCAACUCUUGGAAUCAGCUGAACUCAUGACUUUUAGCUGUUCAUUGCUUCAUGAUGGAGACCCAGCUUACCAGCAGUUAUUUUUGGACUGCCUUCUACAUUCAUUGCAGCAGCUUCAUACAGGAGAUAUUAUGAUUUUGCCUGUACUUUCUUGUUUUACAAGAUUUAUGGCUGGUUUGAUCUUCAUACUCCACAGCUGUUUUAGAUUCAUCACGUUUUCUUGUCCCACAUCUUCCGAGCCCCUGAAGACUUGUGCAGUCCUGCUUUGUGUUGGUUAUCAAGACCUUCCAAACCCAGUUUUGCAGUAUCUGCAGAACGUGAAUGAAUUGUUGAGCGCUUUGGUUAACUCCGAUGCACCCCAGCAGGUUUUACAGUUUGUGCCAAUGGAGGUGCUCCUUAAGGGCACACUACUUUAUUUUUUGUGUGAUCUGAAUGCUACCAUUGCUAAAAGGCAUUUGCAUUUGAUUAUUCAAGGAGAGAGAGAAGAAAUCAGCAGCAGCCUUCAGUUAUGAAGUUGAACUUGUCCUUUCUGAGAUUUAACUUCAUGACUUCUUGCAGUUUCCGUUGGUAUUGCAUCCCUUUGCUAUUAAUUUAAAACCUUUUAUUUUGAGGAAAGGCCAACUUUUGCAUCAUUUAAAGUUUCAUUUUUUCUGGAAAGCCAUCAGCUAGUUCUGACCUCUCGGGUAUAUACACUCGCACACAUAGAGUUUUCUAUGUGGUAGAAUAUAUGCAGUGAUGAUAUGCAACCUCAAACAUGAGAAGUGUGUAUGAGCUUGGGGUGGACACACCCAUGCUUGCAUAUGCAGUUUAUUCAGUUGGUCUUAUUUAUCUGCUUAAGAUUUGCACCUGUGUGCCUUCAUUCAGAUUAGAUUUUUUUCCAACUAAUUUUCUCUCAGUGGCUAAUACUGUUAAUGAAUUGAUAGAGGUCUUUGAUGAAAGGAGGUGAGCCACUACUCAGCAGCACUAAUUUCCUUUAAUACUGACCAUGUCAGUUAUGGAUAUGUGGAAUUCAUCAUGCCAGACAUCUUGAUACAUGCCAUUCAUUGCCUUUAGGCCAUCAAUCCAGUUUGCUUCUGUGUUCAAAUGAAGCUGCUGUGCUGUUUUAUAAAUAUUUUACUGAACCACAACCAUCUAACUAGAAAGGAUAUAAAGACAGCUUUGAACCAAAGAUCAUGUUUAAAAAAAUGAAAAAUUAUUGUGUCUAAAACACUCCUAUAUGAGUGAAAAGUUUCGCUUAGCAAUAGUGUGUAAUUUUUAACUUCUGGAAAAUAAUCUGUGAACAAAAAGAUUUUUUUUAAUUGCAAAGUAAUGUUUAUGGUCUCAUAAUGCGGACAUGUGAACGUGAUGAAUGUAGUGAGUACUGAAGAGAAAUUUUAACACUUUCAGAAUGAUGGUAUAACAUUGAAAAAUUUUUAAUUUUCAUUCUUUUUUUCAGUAUGAAAGUAGCACUUUACUGGAAGAUUAACCAUGAGAUCGUUACUUUAUCAAUUACGUUUGAUUUCUUUUGAAUUAUGUGUAUUUGUCAGUAUAAAUGGGCUAUUCUCGCCAAAUGAAUUCAGCAGAUCUUUGUUACUUUGAAAUUCUGCAAAGUGAAGAGUAUGUGUAUUGUCACGUGCAUUUUAGACAUUUUUGUUAGUUAUAUGAAAAGUAAAUAUAUUCUCUGAUGUAUUUGGUUGACAAAUAUUAAUCUGAAUUUUUUCAUGUCCUUUGCUAUUUUGAGUUCCAUUAUAGAUUUAUGAAUAAAGUCAUUAGCAGA